AGAAAGCUGGCAUUAAUAUUUAUCAAAAUUGAUUGCAGUAAAAACACAGCUGGACACCCCUUCUGUUGUAUAUCUGCUUCAUUUCACUGAAGGGAAGGUUGAAUUGUGUAUACCUGCCUGUGGAAUGCAAUGGUAUGCAGCUCUUGGAGAGAAUUUUUUCUGCAGAGAUACAUGUGAGACUAGAGCUAUUCAGUAGCAGUUACAGGAGGUGUUAGUGUGUAACUGCAUGAAAGCAGAAGAAGCCCCUUACAGAUUUUCAGAGAGAGAACAAGAAGAGCUCCAUCUACCUUUCUUUUCCAUUUCAUUUAACACUCACUUUACCCAGCAUUGAGGAUGGUGAAAUAAAGAGAAGGAUGCUACCCUGGCUGAGCUGUGCUUUUCAAUGCAGGAUCCAGGAUAGCAGACUGGGGCUGUUCUCUUGUCUUGAGGGAUUAUAGUCUGUGCACAGUACCACAGGCAGGGAACCAUUGACAGACUCACCACAAAGGGAAAAGGACUCAAUUCACAAGCAGGACUAAGCAGCAGGUGCAGUGAAUGGAUCACUUUCUGGAGGUCCGCAGCACAGGCCCCUUUCUAGAAAAAGACUCCAUGGAUCACGAGAUAAGGAGUAUGUCAUCACCCAAGCUGGCAAAAUAUAAAAACAAUGUUAAAUAGUUUAAGUUCUACAAAGGUGUGAGCUCUUAGCUCACUUGGCAAUUCGCUAAUGGAUCUUCUCAGAAAGAAAACAAGGAUAUUUUAUUAAUUUCCAGACUUUGAUGCCCUGCUGAGCAAUAUUUAAGAAUGUUCGGCGAGAGAAAGAAAUGGACGUUGCAAAAACUUCUUUCCUUCUGGGUCACCAAUCAGUUAUCAUCUGGUCUCACCUCCAAGGAAGUUCAGAGGUCUUCUGCAAUAAAACAUAGAACAUUAUGGAAUAUCAAACUAUUAUUUGGAUGUGGAGUACUGGUUUUAAGUUUGCAUCACUGAUCACGAAUGUUCAUAUGAAUUUCCAUGUAUCUCUGAAGCACAAUAAGAAGAAUCUACCUUCAGAUAAUCAGCACUUUUUAGCGACACUGGCAUGUUAAUCAGCCUAACAACAGUGUUGACAACACUAGACAUCAGUAUACACAAUGGACUGAUGGCCUGGUACAUAAAUAGCAAUGUGACUCUAAAUCAGAGCGUACCUACAUCUCAGCCUGUGAAUGCAUCGGGUCAAAACUACACAUCCCACUGGUCAUUCGCAGACAAAAAUUGGUCAGCUCUUCUGACAUUGAUUAUUAUAAUCCUGACAAUCGGAGGAAAUAUCCUAGUCAUUAUGGCGGUAUCUCUGGAGAAGAAACUUCAAAAUGCCACUAAUUUCUUCCUGAUGUCUUUAGCUGUGGCUGAUAUGCUGGUGGGAAUUUUAGUCAUGCCAGUUUCCCUUGUUACCAUACUGUACGAUUACGCGUGGCCUUUGCCACAGAAACUGUGCCCUGUAUGGAUUUCAUUGGAUGUAUUCUUUUCUACCGCAUCAAUAAUGCAUCUCUGUGCAAUCUCUCUAGAUCGCUAUGUAGCAAUACGUAAUCCCAUAGAGCACAGUCGCUUCAACUCUCGUACUAAAGCUAUGAUGAAAAUUGCGGCUGUGUGGACUAUAUCAAUGGGUAUUUCAAUGCCUAUUCCUGUGAUUGGCUUCCAAGAUGACUCCAGGGUAUUUGUAAAUGGAAGCUGUGUAUUGAACGAUGAAAAAUUCGUACUCCUUGGAUCUUUUGUGGCAUUUUUUAUCCCCCUCAUUAUCAUGGUAUUUACUUACUGCCUGACCAUCCAGGUGCUUCAAAGACAAGCUACUGUGUUUAUGUAUGAAGAAGUACCAAAGCAAAGACGAACUAGUGUCAGCUGUCUAAAGAAAGACAAUAACACAGAGAAUAUUUCAAUGAUACAAAACCACGAGGCAGCCUCCCACCUAAACUCUCCAAUAAAUAAAGAGGGGGCCCUGUUCCGUAAAGGCACCAUGCAGUCCAUAAAUAAUGAGCGUAGAGCCUCAAAAGUUCUUGGGAUUGUCUUCUUCUUGUUUCUUAUAAUGUGGUGUCCGUUCUUCAUCACAAACAUCAUGUCUGUACUGUGUAAGGAAACAUGUGACAAAGACCUCAUGAUUGAACUGUUGAAUGUGUUUGUUUGGGUGGGAUACGUUUCAUCAGGAAUCAACCCGCUGGUGUACACACUUUUUAACAGAACAUAUCGCAGAGCUUUUUCCAAUUACAUCCGUUGUCAGUAUAAUAACAGUAAAAAUACAAUAUUGCAACAAAACCAAUGUCAUCUUAACGCAGCAUCAACAGCAAUGUAUGGAAAGGACCUUAAUCUAAAUAGCUACAGAAACGGCAAUGAACUGCCGAGUAUGGACAUGGACGAGACGGAGGAGGCAAUCGAAAUGCAACCGGGGACUUCAGAAUUAUCAAUAAACAGCUCUAAUGUUGUAAAUGAAAGAGUUAGCAGUGUCUGAGGGAAUGUCCGCUGUAUCAUAGAUUAAUUUCAAAUGAUUUGUGUAAAAAAAAAAAAAAAAACGUAUGUUAUGUCAAAAGGAAAUAUUUGUUUGAACAAAGACAUUUUAUAUGACAUCUCCACAGUCCAGUGCUUUAAAUGAUAUUGUUAAGAUAUACUUCCUGUUGUAAUAGACAAACUAUAGAUUAUUUUGGUAACAUAAUGUACGGAAUGUUAGCUUCCUCUUGAAAUGCAUGCAUUACUGCACUGACUACAUCAUAGGUCGCUGUUUGAAAGAGACUGACAUGUUGCAAAUAUUCAUAAAUUAUAUUGGUACAUUAAAGCAUAUGAAAAGAUAACCA